AUGAAUCCGCGGCUUAUACUUCCUAAUUCUCCUCCUCCCACUCCUCCCACGUCAAAUUCGAAAAUAUUUGAGAAUAAUGGCUAUAUCACCUUUUGUCUAUUUUAUAAGGAAAUACUUCCGGAGGAGUACCAAAAUUUACCGCAGAAAGAGUGGAUUUCCAAAGCCGCCAAAUUUUGGAAAUCUUUACCUAAUAAUUUAAAAAAUUCUUUCACAAAGUUCGCUAAUGAUGAAAGGUUAAUCAGAACGGGGAAAAUCACACAACCUUUGUCUGAAGGCGACGAGUUAAUAAUAAUAUUUGACGAUAGGUCAAGUUUAACUGAUCCCUAUGAUCAGAUUUUUGACCGUUAUGUACGUUAUAAUUAA